UAAAAAAAUAAAAUAAAGGAAAUAUUUUUAAAUAAAAAAAGACAGAUAAAAAACAAUAACAAAUAAAGAAAGAUGAGUGAACCCAAAGAAACCAUAAGUGAUGACAAAAAAUACAGAAUACAAGCGGCCGCAUUUUUAGGUUUAGUAGGAGGCAUAUCGGCACUAUUUGGAUUUUCACGUACCCUAGGAAACGCAAAAAAGUCUGAAUCGAAACUAAUUGAAAAGGGCGGCACCAAAUCACUUAUACUACUGGACGAGGGUUCAGCUUUAGCAAUGAGAGCCUUAGGUUGGGGCACCUUAUAUGCCGUGCUGGGUACGGGAGCUUUUUGUUUUGGCGUUUGGAAGCUGUCGGGUGCUAGAAAUAUGGAAGAGUUUCGCUUAAAAAUGGGCAAUAGUUUGCCAAAAAUUAGCAGCAAUGAACCACCCACUAGCCGUACUGAUUUUGAAAGCUUAACUGAUUUAAUGAAAUAUUUAGCUGCCUGGGGCAAAGAAUGAUACAAAAAUAAUAAUAUUUUUCAUAUACGUUAGGUUUUAUAAAUAACUCUGUUUUAGAAGAGUAAAUACUAUUUAAUUGCAUACAAUCA